ACCAAAUAUAAACCGGCCAAAACUGGUGACAGCUGAAAGUCGACAAGACUAGAACGCGGCGGAAUUAUAGAUCUCGUUCAAGGAAUGUGUUAUUCAUGAAGACGAAUUCAGAGGAAAUGGAGGAACCUGAUUUCAAUGUGUUGAACCUUGCUCAGGUAGCAAGUUCAAAUUUGACUGUUGCAAGCAUCCACACCAUUGGCACUAUAAGCAUGAGCAGUGCCAAUCUUACCCCUCUACCUCAGAAAAAGUUGUUCUACUCACGGGAGGCAUCUGUAACAGGGACAGAUCUGUUGCCAAUUUGCAGGAUCUGUCAACUUCCAGGAGAUAUAGCUGACCCACUCUUCUCUCCGUGUAGAUGUUCUGGGACACUAGGCUUCAUUCAUUACACGUGUCUGAAGAGGUGGAUUGAUAUUUCAACUAGAAAGACAAAGAAGCAACCACGUUGUGAACUUUGCCACUACCAGUUUCACAGACACAAGCGCUUUAAGUUUAAGAACUGGAGGUGGCCAAAAGUGAACACAAGAGACAAGAUACUCCAUAUUAUUUUCUUCCUGAAUCUCCUCAUAAUGAUUGGCUGUGCAAUAGCUACGGUCAUGUGCUUUUUAUCGGACAAAGGGCAGAUAACCAAGUUUCCCAAGAACAAGGUGGAGCUGACUGUGGAGGAGAUCAUCACCCUCGCAUGUGGUGUUAUGUUUUUUGUGGCUUUCUUUAUAGCAAUGACAGUAGAAAUAAAGGCCAAGCAUACCGUCUACAAACUAUGCAUGAAGUUCAUAGUACACAAUACAGAGUGGAAUGUCGACUCAUAUGAUCGUAGCAAGGACCCGGGGCUCAAGGUGGCUCCACAGUACGUCUAAUGACUCCGAACACAUCCACACGACUUCUUUAAUUUCUCUUCAGUUUAGUAAAUGUCUCAUGGAAAAAUAAAGAUCUUUGGUAGUCAACAGCAAUAUACUUUGACAAAAGACUACAAAGUUUCAGUAAAUUUAUCAAAUUCUGCUUUAAUACAAGAACAAAUGUUUCAUACCAGAUACUAUUUAUUGUUAUUAAGAUUUAGAUAUUUCCACUUUCUUUUGAGCAUGUGUGUGGACACUGUAUGUGUAAGCCACAUGAAGAUAUUGUAACUAUAUAUAAUUAGUAGUUAUAGGCAUUAAAAGUUUUCAAUAGAAUAUUCUUACUUACUCUGGAGAAAAAUACAAUGAAUAAGUUUGAAAAAUAAGAAUUUGGCACAAGAGAAUGGUAAAAAUUUUAGCGUUUCAAUGUCAAUAACUGUAAACGAUUAUUAUGUCUGUGUGGAAACACAACUGGUUGGAAUCAAAGUGUAAAUUCUUUUCUGACUGUAAAUUAAAAAAAUGCACUUAACUUAAAAAAUCUCAGGAAAAUGGUGUCUUGGCAGAAGCUAGUGUUUUAGGCACAUUGUCUCACAUCACUGUGUUAAUGGUGUUAUAUACUGAAAGAUUUGAUAGAAGACUUUAUUACCAUAGUUAGUAGUAGAUAAAAUUACCAUGGUGAUAGAUAGCUCUGAUGGAUACAGAACAUAUUACCUGUACCUGCCCACCGGCAUUCAGCACAGUCCAGUUCUGCUACAUGGUACAUAAAUACCAUAGUGAUUGGUAGAUUUGAUAGAUACAGGAUAUGAAUACCAGUGAUUGGUAGAUUUGAUAGAUACAGGAUAUAACUACCAGUGAUUGGUAGAUUUUAUAGAUACAGGAUAUAAAUACCAUAGUGAUUGGUAGAUUUUAAAGACACAGGAUAUAAAUACCAGUGAUUGGUAGAUUUGAUAGAUACAGGAUAUAAAUACCAGUGAUUGGUAGAUUUUAUAGAUACAGGAUAUAAAUACUAUAGUGAUUGGUAGAUUUUAAAGACACAGGAUAUAAAUACCAGUGAUUGGU